AUGUCCUCUCGUGUUUUGUUCGUCUUGUUAGCUAGUAUCGCAGUUCUGGCAGAAGCUGGUGUCACGUGUGAUUUGGCUACCCAACCGGCGACAUGGGCAAGAGUUAUUGCUAAAAAUGUGUUCUUCAAUGCAUAUGAGCCGGAUAAUUAUUUUGCGACGCCUGGAUUCUGUGUCAAUAAUGACUUCAUGAUCCACUCUCUCAACUACUCAUCGCAUGUCAACCUUGCUGAUCCAACUGCUCAAAUGAAACACGAUCGUGCCACUAACACCAACUUCACCGAUUCGCUAGUCAACUGUGGUCAAAAGAUCCCACAAGUCCAAUGGUGUCAAUCGCAUUGUGCUAACAAACAACUCGAACAACUCAUCGUCUCCACCGCCGUUAUCAAUGGAAGUCUUCCACUGGCCACCGCCAAACAGGUAUUCCAAACUAUGGGAUCCCCGAACGAUACCUCGAUUGCUGCUGUUCAAGUCGACUUGUAUGCUAGCGAUCUUCACAUUGACUACGAUUACUUUGAUGACGCAAACUUCUGUUCUGUAUUCGUCAAGGUCAAAAAUCCCACCCAGUUCCCUUAUGCUCUUUUUAUCACUGUUCAGAAGAUUUUGGGAUUGUAA